UUUGAUUGCAAUUUUCCACCAAAAUGGUUGAGCCUCUCCAGUUCAGAGUGUGGCUGGGACUUGCACUUCACUUUGGUCUCGCCAGAGCGAUCGUCAACGGGGAUCUGUACGGAACGCUGCCCGAACUGGUGCUCCGCCAUCUGAAUGGCAGCCACAGGGACUUCGAGGAGUGGACUGGGAGGAUGAGCCAGGCCCUGCAGCCGGAGCAGCAGCAGCGUGUGGCAUGGAACUUGCCCUGGACAGAUGCUCUGGCGGUGGGGAAAAGUCUCUUGGAGUUGCAGCAGCUGCUGGAGCCCAGCAAUCCCCUCAAGCUGCAGCUCUGGAUGGGACUCUACUGGCACCUGCGACGCUCUAAACGACUGGACGGUGGGAUGAGGUCCAACUUUGCCCGGACUCUGUGGCGUCUACAAACGCAGCAGCCGGAACUAUGGAGUCCCCAGCUGCAGAACAUGUGGCAGAGUCUGCCCCGCUCUCUGCGGCUCAUCCUCCGCAGCCGCUGGCUGUGCCUGCAACACGAGCGCGAGAUGCUCUAUGCCUUGGGUGGACACCGCCUGGAGCUGGGAGCCAACAGCAACUGCAGCAUGUGGCAGGUGCAGGAGCAGCCACCGGACAGGGAUCCCAACUGGCUGCGUCUGGUCAAUGUGUGCGACAAUCGUAGCCGCUGGUUCGUCAGCAUGUUGCAGCAGCAAGACAACACGAGCCUAGUGCUGCACACUGCCCCCAGCCACAUGGCCAGCAAAUUGUGUGUCCUCGACGGACUGAGCUACCUGGGAGGUGCCUCUGCGGACUCCAACUGCCACUGGCAGCUCCACGAUUGCAGCCACUUGCCGCAAAUAUUGUUGGGUCGCAAAUAAAAAUUAGCGGAAGGUGUUUUCGGGGG